AUGGUAGCCGAGCCAGAUAUCGCAAAUUAUUUAGAUAUGUGAGACCAAAACUAUUCCGCUCAUUGCUUAAUGGCACAUUUAAGUGCUUAACGUGCAAACCAGAUACAUCGAUCGGCUAUCAAUCGAGAUAUUGAUUGAGACUUUUUCACGUGACACACAUGCAUACAAGCUUUUCGAGGUAGACCAGUCAAUCCUUCGGGAACUACUCGAUAUUGUUAAAUAAUGCAGGUGGUAGUUCAAAUGAAUGUUUCUCUUCUGGACUGGUGUUGUAAACACGCAAAGAUCUAGUUGCACGCCUUUAAUCAGAAAGAGCGGUCUUUCACUUUCUAAUUUAACCACAACAUCUUUCUUUUUAGCAUGAGUUCUACUUCACAAAAACACAGAAACUUUGUGGCGGAGCCUAUGGGUGAAAAGCUUGUGACUGAGCUUGCAGGAAUUGGUCCAGUCCUGGGGGAAAGACUGACCGAGAAGGGCUUUGACAAGGCCUAUAUUGUGUUGGGCCAAUUCCUUCUUCUGAAGAAAGAUCAAGAAAUGUUUAUGGAAUGGAUUAAAGACACAUGUGCAGCUAACAAGAAGCAGGGAUCAGAUUGUCACAAUUGUUUAAAAGAAUGGUGUGAUGCUUUCCUGUAAGAACUUCCUGAUAAUAUACAACAUAACCUUUAUUGUGUUUAAAUGUAAAUGGUUGUUUCAUUUUCUAGGGUUAUCACUUCAUAGUAGCAAUUUCAUUCACCUUAUCAAAUUAAUUAAGCAGAUAACUGAAAAACAACAAUAAAAAUUAGUUUUGUUAUUA